AUGACCACAAACGGCCAGUCUUCGCUGAGCGAAGCAUUCGGCGGGAAAUGGCCUGACUCUCCUUUACCGGUAUGGACCCGACUGUCCAAUGCAGCACAAAGUUACCCCGACAAACUUGCCAUAGCUUGUCUGCAUCAAUCUCCCAAUCUGUAUGGUAUACAAAGCUCUGAAUAUGCCAUUGGGGGUUUUGAGAAGCACCUUCAGUGGUCGUACUCUCAGCUCCGCUCCACUGUCGAAUACUUGGCUGCUGGACUACAGGCUCAAGGCCUCUCCUCAGGAUCUUCCAUUGUCACUAUUCUGAAAAACGGUAUCGAGUUCCCCAUGGCCUUCUGGGCUGCUCACAAGCUUGCAUGUCCCUUCGUGCCCCUCAGCUCACGGACCCUCACAAACACCGUCCAGACACGACACAUGCUCACGGUUGCCGACGUAGCUGCCGUGAUUGUGGAAGACCUGGAGUCCGCGGCUGCAUUCGAUCAGUUGUGGCACGCAGGAGCGCGAAAAGUGAUCAAGAUCGUAGCUGGAGAAAUCAGCCCAGACGGUUGGACUAGCAUUUCGGAAUUGCUGGAGAUCGGGAGAAGAGUAAAAGCAGAUCAGAGCCACGAACUCGGAAUAUUGCAUGCGCGUGAGUUCGAGCACAGAGCAGAAUCCAAGGAUACUGUGACGAUACUGUUCACUAGCGGCACCACUUCACUGCCCAAGGGUUGCCCUCACACGAACCUCACCCUCAACGCCUUCUCAAAGAUCCUGAGCAUCGGAGGCGCGUCACCAAAUGACAUCUUCUGCUCAGUCCUCCCUAACAGCCAUGCAAUGGGAUACUUCUUCGUUCUCCACUUCUUCAUGAAUGCUGGCACGGUUGUCUACCCGUCUGCUACCUAUGAAGCAGCUGCUAUGGCGCAUGCUUUGGCAGCGCAUCGAUGCACUCACGCCACUCUCGUGCCAACUGCUCUCCACAGUCUUCUUGAAUGGAUCGAGCCCUCAGGGCUUCUUUUCCCCGAUCUCAAGGACCUUUGUCUCGCGGGUUCGUCCAUCACGCCGCAGAACAUCCGGUCUGUGAUCCGUGAUCUUGGCGCCCAAGGUGUUUCCACUGGAUAUGGCACCACAGAAGGCAGCCCGGUCUGGAAUGCACCGACGUCGGAUCCGGAGCAGCUCAUCCGCGGAGACGAUGUUUUGUGCGGAUAUGCUGUGCCAGGGCAACAUAUCCGCAUUUGCGCACCAAAUUCGACACAGCCACUUCCUCGCGGCCAGCCCGGCGAAAUUCUUGAAUGUGGACCCGGAAUGAUCGCAGGCUAUCUUGGUGAUAAUGUGGGGAAGGAUUCAUUCGCUGUGGACGGUGAUCUGACGUGGUACAAGACCGGUGAUAGCGGCGUGAUGUGGGAUGAUGGCCGUGUGUCGGUUGUGGGGAGGUUCAAAGACAUGAUCAUCAGAGGCGGUGAGAACAUCGCUCCUGCAGCAAUCGAGGUUGUCCUAAACCAAUUUCCUGGCGUUGAGGCACAAGUUGUUGGUGCUUCGGAUCACUUUGCAGGCGAAGUGCCUGUGGCUUUGGUGCGAACUCUUCCACCUGGCGAUAAUCCAGCAGGCCAGCUCCAGGAAGCCGUCCGAAAUCAUAUGGGCAUGUUGCACGUACCCGACGAAAUUAUCACCCUCGGUCAACUUGGGCUAGAGGAUUAUCCACGUACUAUCUCUGGAAAGGUACAAAAGAACGCACUUCGAAUCCUUGUCGCAGCCUACCGAAAGAACCAUGAAACAAAGCAUGAUUCUGUCACUGGCUCAGACAAUGGUGAUGCCACUCCUCACACGAUUGGCUACACCAAUGGCAACAUCAACGGUUCCACUCGACGUGACUCUGGAAUCAUCGAAGAUAAGGAUGUCGAACAAACAGUACUUCACGUGUGGUGGAGAGCUACUGGUAUCGAGCCAUCGAAAUUGGAUAAAGAUACUCCUACCUUCAACUACGCAGACUCAAUCACCAUAAUGCGUGUCAGAGCGUUGUACCGCAAAGAGUUAGGUGUUACGCUAUCAGCGGUUGAGAUGUCACAAAACGCCGAUCUGAAGACUCAGAUUGAGGCACUGGAACGCAAAGUCUCACAGUCUCAAAAACAGGCAAUCGCUCCGCUUCCUUCAUUUGAGAAUGCGCGAACUCUCGAGGAGCUCCAAAUUGUCCUAGGGACAGAAAACAAUGCCAAAAACUUCAAGGAAAAAGCGAGCGCAGCUCUGGUGAAGGAGGGGUUUGACUUCGAUGGAGAUGUUGAAUCUGUCAUUCAGAUGAAUGAUUUCAUUGAUGUUCUGGAGCGCGAAAAGCUCAUCAACACGUGGAACUUCGGCAUUUCUAUCGUUGCUGAUGGCUCUACGGUGCAGGAGCUUAAAACUGCCUUGACGGCCGCUCUGACAAACAAUCAGUUGUGGACUUCUUUCUACGUGCACGGGGACAGCGGAGCGCCCAUAUAUGUUACGAUGAAGCCCACGAGAAAGCUCUAUGACCAUGUCCUGCACGAGAAGGGAUCUGUUGCCAGUGUUACGGAACUCCAACAGAUUGCCAUCGACUAUCCUCACAGGGAGCAUUCGGUCUUCCCCGGCCCUUUGUUCCAUGCUCUGUUAUACGAAAUUGAAGACAUCAAGUCAGCUGGAUUCGUCUUGUACGACUGGCAUGUUAAGCGCCUUGCAAACAUCCAUCUCCACCGCAAGGCUCUCUACCCUCCCGCGCACGUCCCCCGCCAGGCGAUCCAGUCAUCUCCUGACGGUAUAGACUACGGCUUUGACGCCCCAGCACUCCUAAACCUAAAACGCCACCACUCCCAUAUCACCGCCUCCGUCGUCCUCAAAGCCGCCAUGGCACUCAUCAACAUCACACGCACAAAGCACACCCACGCACUCAUCAGCAACUACGAAGCUUGUCGAUCGUCCUUACCCUUUUGGCCCGACACCCUCCGCCACCUGCCUGGCCUCAACGGCUCUACUCUUGCCGACCUCGACGCCUCCGAUGUCGCAGGCCCAACCAUGAACGCCGUCACCAACGUCAUUGGCGUCGAGCGCACCGAGACCGCUCUCGCCUUCCUAAACCGUCUCCAGGCAGAACAGUUUGAGCUCACGAAGCACUCGCACGCGCCGUGGCGCCGCAUCAUCGCCGCUCUCAACGAGUUGCACCCCGGCGAGAACGCAGGUGAACUCGUGUACGAGACACACCGUACGCAAUUCCUUACUUGGGUGCCUGGUGUGCUGGGCGAAUACGAAAGGAUUCGCAUCGCGCAGAUUGCGAUUCGCGCUGCGCUGGGUCUGGUAUUCGUAGCGGGAUUAGGCGGGCCAAAGGCGACUAUGUUUGGGAUUAGCUUGAGGUGGGAUGUGGCAAAUUAUAGUGCUGAGGAGACGAUGAGGUUCACCAAGGAUGUGGAGAGGGCGGUUUUGUGGAUGUUGGACGAGAGGAACUGGGAGAGGCCUGUGGGGGAGUUUUUGGGGACGGUCGAGGAGAAGGUUGAGGGGAAGAUUGACGAGGGGUUUGAUGAGAAGAUUGACGGGAAGGUGGACAAGAAUGUUGAGGGGAAGGUUGAAGAGAAGAUUGAAGAGAAGGUUGAAGAGAAGGCUGAGGAGAAGGCUGACAAGAAGGUUGAGGAGAAGGCUGACAUGAAGGUUGAGGAGAAGGUAGACGAGAAGGUGGAUGAGAAGGUAGACGAGAAGGUGGAUGAGAAGGUGGACGAGAAGGUGGAUGAGAAGGUGGACGAGAAGGUGGAUGAGAAGGUGGACGAGAAGGUGGAUGAGAAGGUGGACGAGAAGGUGGAUGAGAAGGUGGACGAGAGGUUUGGGGAAAGAGCCAACGAGAAGGUUGGUGAGAUGGUCAAUGAGAUGGUCAAUGAAAAGGUUGAUGAAAAGGCUGACGAGAGGUUUGGGGGAAAAGUUAAGGAGAUAGUGGAGGGGAAGAUCGAGGAGAAGGUGGGAGAGCAGGUCGCGGAGAAGAAUGAGGAGACACACAGCUAA